AGAGAAAACUAAAGCCCGUUAACUAAAAAGGCCAACAAGUCAAAACCCACAAUCUGGAAAUGGUAUUAGGCAACAAGAACUGAAUCUAUUAUCUAAUCUGCCAUUUCGGGAAAAGCCAAUGAUAAUGCAUGAAUAUAAAAAAAAGGGAUGUAAAGACCUUGCAGAUUGCGUCAUCCCAGAAAAAUUUGCAUCACUACACAUUCCAAGUGCCCAUGAAGGUGAUCUUUGCCCCAUGUUGAUUCAGAAAACAUGGCAUUAUGUUCUGUGUUGUUCCUUGCCAAUAAAAGAAGCUAGUGCUCCUAAUCCUAUAUGUCGACCAUUUAUGAAGAGAGGCAAAUUCAUCAUUGUCCCUAAACAAAUCCAGAUACAUUCUGAAAAUUGAAAAAUAACACAACUUGAAAUGAAUGCAUAUAACAGCUAAGCUAGCUACUACAGAACUUUGAUAAAUUAUUUCCACUGAGCAUCAUUCAUAUUCUAAAAUGCAACUUUUAGCAAGCAACUUUUUAGUUCAUAAUUUCAUAUCAACUAUAAAAGGUUUGACAGAAAUCUAAUACCUUUGAUUGGCAAGCAAAUAACAAAACACAACCAUUGAUCAAAUAAUAUAAAACUGAAUCAGCAGUUGAAGUUAAUAAAAAGGUAAAAUCCACUUCUAAUCUACAGAUACACCAAAUGACUGUCAAGAUUUAACAAAGUUAAAUAUCCCUUAUCUUAAUUUUUUUGAAAAAAAAUUACACAUCACCUAUCUGUGUAAAGGGAGAUCCUCAUUAUAAGAUUCAUAACACAAGCUGCAAGAUAGAGCAGCAUGUCCAAAUUCAACUAUCAUUCAACAAUCAAAAAUGGCAAAUGCU